AUGGCUAUCUCUUACCUUCACUUUGGCUAUGCUGUAGCGCUCUUACUGGCUUUCGCAGCGGUGCCUCUGAUCUCAACAUAUCUACGCAAAUCCAAGUAUAAGUAUCCUCCAGGACCAAAGGGAAUUCCCCUUUUCGGCAAUCUGUUUCAAUUGCCCCCAAAGUAUCCUUCGGCUCAAUUGAUGGAAUGGGGAAAGCAGUUUGGUGAUUUGUUCACUGUCCAGCUCGGUGCGAGAAGAUGGGUCUUUCUCAAUUCCAUGGAAGCAACUCGCGAACUCCUCGAUCGCCGUGGCCGAUUGUACAUCGGCCGACCGGAAUUCCCAGUCACUCAGGACAUCAUGUCCGGAGGGAACAGGAUUGUGAUGAUGACCCACACCGAGAGAUGGCGAAACCUUCGGAAAAUCAUGCACUCACUUCUGAUGGCUAGCAAUUCCGAAACAUACAAACCAUUUCAAGAUGUUGAGUCGAGAGCGCUGUUGUGGCAAUAUCUCAAGGACCCAGGCAGGUUCUAUGAGCAUGGGGGUCGUUUUGCAAACUCGAGUACAGUCUUUGGCCGGCGCACUAGCAUGAGGGAUGCGAACGUACAAACGCUUUUCUCGACCAUUGACGAUUUCAUCGGAUCACAAGCGUCGCCAUCGACCGCUCUUGUUGAGCAGUUUCCUUGGCUAGUCAAGCUUCUUCCCCGGUCGUUGCAGUGGUUCCGCCCUGAAGCGGAAAGAAUAUAUAAGAAGACCGUUGGGGUAUAUGAAGCAUUCUUCGAUGAUCUUGAGCGCCGCAUCAAGGCUGGACAAGAUCCCAAAUGUUUUGCCCGUGACAUGGCUGACUUGGCUAAAAAGUACGGGUUUGAUGAUGCACAGACAUACUUUUGUGCCGGUUCGAUCAUCGAAGCGGGAAGUGACACGAGCCGCAACCAGAUCAAUUUGAUGCUGGCUGCUGCAGCCAAGUUUCCAGAGUGGGUGGUGACAGCCCAAAGACAGUUGGAUGAGGUCUGCGGCACCGCCCAACGGUUGCCUUCGUUCGAGGACUGGGACCAACUGCCCUACAUAGUGGCUGUGAUCAAGGAAAGCCUCAGAUGGAGGCCUAAUAUGACGGGAUCGGGUACCCCCAGAGCUCUAAUGGAAGAUGACACAUACCGCGGUUUCAGUUUUGAGAAAGGCACCGUCUUCAGCUACAACCACUUCGCCAUUAGCCACGAUGAAAAGGAAUUCCCCCAAAAUGAGGUCUUCUUACCAGAAAGGUUUCUGAACGACGACCUCCAGGAGAUGUUGAAGGGUCAUUUGGGUUUCGGAGCUGGAAGACGUAUCUGUCCUGGAUGGCAUCUCGGCACCCGAAAUAUGUUCAUUGCAUUCAGUCGUUUGCUUUACUGCUUCAACUUCAGUGAGGUGCCCUCGAAACCCAUCAAUGUAUGGGAAAUAGACCCUCUGGCCCAUGAUCAUCCACCUUUUCAAAUUCAUAUCACGCCUCGUAGCGAGCAGCAUGUCCUGCUCAUUGAGAAGGAGUGCGCCAAGGCGGGACAAGGCUUCGAGUGA